AGGCACAGUUGGUUUUGUCCUGCUCGUUCUGAACUGACUUGCAGCCAGGCGCGCUAUGGUGACAAGACGCACCAAAAUGAAGGGUCCAGUCCCAGUAAAGAAAAAACGCAUUUCACGGUGGCAAACUUUCUUCUGUGCCAAUGAAGCACAGACUCCCCACGGCACUGGAACAGUCCCAGUGCUUAGAGCCUCUGUUCUCAUGCGGUACUGCACAGGUUCUGAGUCAUGACGUAUUUACUGACAACGCCGUGCGAGUUUUCGCACGAGCGCACCAGCAGCGCGGUAAUGUACUUCAUGGUCAGAUAAACCUCGCCUUGCAUCUCUGUCACUGCGCCUAUUAGUUCUUUUCUCUCGCCUAUCGGAAUCAUCGGGCCUGUCCGCUUGGAGUGCGCAAUUCAAUUGGGAUUUUUCACCUUUCCUGUCAGAUUUGGAAAAGUUUUACCGUUUUCCAUCCACUGUGUUCAGCCUGUGAGAAUGAGGCGCGCCUGUCACCGAGAGCUCCUGCUUCUGCUGGGAUACCUGGUUUACCUGACGCGCGCGGAAGUUUCUCCGUUAGGACGUGUAUUCUUACUGGAGUUGGAGAGUUUCUCCAAAGCUGGACAGGAGGAAGGGUUCGAGGCAGCGACGCACGCCUGCAUCGCUCACGGGGCCCGGGUGGCUUCAGGGGCCGACCUGCAGCACGCAGUGAUGGAAUGUGCUUUCUCAGCCUGCUCGCGUGGUUGGCUCUCCGGACCGAGCGUGGGGACCACAGUGUGCAGCGGCGUCCCGGGGACUCAGAGGCCAGUUGACGUUCAGCUGGAGAAUUUGACCGCCGACACUGAGAGACUGGGCGUGUUCUGUGUGAAAGAUAGCGAUGCUCCAUGUGGGCAGCCACCUUCGUUCCCACACUCACAUCUGCAGGGGAUGACUGGGCUGGAUCUGGGCGAUGAACUCCUGUACGCCUGUGACGCAGGACACAAACUGCCCGAUGGAGAAACAGCCUUCAGUCUGGUCUGUGACAGCUGUGGAGAUUGGUACGGCCUGGUCCACCGCUGCGUCAAAGAUGAUCCUGAAGGCCACAUCGACUAUGAGGAAAAGUUCACAGAUGGCCAUCUCCUGCACGAGCAUCAUAUUUCCUUGAUUCCUGGAGGAACGCAGUCCACUGAUCGUGAAGUAGAAGAAUCAACUCCUGAACCUGAGCAUGAACGGACAGUUGUGUCAGAGGAGGAGGAGAAUGAUGAAGAUUCAACAGUAUCAGUCACUGAACCUCCAGUGUCUCAGCUCAGUCAGAAACACAUGUUCUGGUUUCCUUCAGAGGCCUUCCAGGAAGAGAAGGAGCAUCCGGGUAUCACUACGGAUUCCUCCUCUGUUAAAAGCCCCAGUGAAGACGAGAAUCACAUGAAGGUCAAAACAUCCGACAGCCAAUCUGAUCCCGACACGAUCGCAGAGGAACGCGACCGUCCGACUGAUCGUCCCACCCAUGAACCAGCCAGUCCCAGUGCCGGCGGCACGGAUGAAUCCUGGCUAGAUGGAUAUCCCAUAACUCUGGAUGAAGAUAAAGCUGGAGGCGAGUCCACAGGGGAGGCGGGACCAGAACAGGGGAUUGAGACAUCAAGCGUGACUGGACACUCAGAAGUGGAGGAGUUUGAGGAUGGAGCCAAAAAUCCUGUGGAAGAAGAGACCGGAGGUUUGAUUUACAGUCCUGAAGAAGAAGAAGAAGAUGGAGAAAUUAAAAAUCCUAAGGACAAGAUCCACAGGAAAGGAGACGGGGAGGAGCUUGGCAAAGGGACAACCAGACUUGAGAAGGAAGAGUCUGUUGUAACACAUUAUGAGGAAACGUCUGAAGGACUUGCAGAAGAUGACGUGGAGAGACCAGAGGAAACAGACUCUGAUGGAUCCAAAACAUUGGGGUUUGAUGGUGUUACUGACAGUCCAAAUGGUGUGGAGAUGAAAACCAACACCAUCAUUACUCAGAUCACACCCAGUCCAGAUGAUAUUGCUCUCCACAAGUCGUACACACCGGCUUCCGCUCCUGAAAAUGUGAGCACCAGUCAAAGGGGUUUGGACCCGGAGAACGCGUCCACGCCGGCGGGGAUGGUCAGUCUGGAUGAUGAAAUUACCAGCAUUCCCACACCCGUCAUUAAGGAUCCAUGGGAAACCAUUGAUAAUAGCCACUUACUGGAGCACAUCCCUGGUCAUGUCCCGACUGAAAUCCCUGAAAACCGUAGCGUGAUGGAACGAGGUGGAGACCCCAGCCUGGAGCAGCAGGAGCGUGCAGGGGAGGGUGUGUGUGCUGAAGACCCCUGUCCCGGGUCAGGCCACGGGCCGAUGAUCGCAGCCAUCAUCAUCGGGGUGGCGGCCGCAGUGGUCGGGGUGGUUUUAGGGGUGUGGUGUUAUAAGAAGAGGCAACUAAAGAGCUCGCACUACCAGCUCAAUGGAACUAACAGGCAAACGCAGUGCAUUGAGUUACAGCAGACUGUGUGAGAUCCACAGAUCCUCAUCAAGACACACAGCUUACACACACAUCCAUACAAAACCAUUCAUGUGUGGACAUCACAGUCUACGUACACUAGAAUUGAAAAAUUGGCUCUCUUUUAAUUCAUAAAUGUGAAUCUAUCUAUCUAUCUAUCUAUCUAUCUAUCUAUCUAUCUAUCUAUCUAUCUAUCUAUCUAUCUAUCUAUCUAUCUAUCUAUCUAUCUAUCUAUAU